AUGAUAACAUUUUCUGUUUUAUGUAUUGGUGCGAACGAAAUUGAACUUGCGAUUGCUGCACCUGCACGUGAUGGUCAAGCGAAUGAAACACUGAUUUAUGCUAUGAUGGAUAUUCUGGGGUUGCGUAAAAAUGAAAUUACGUUUGAUACAGGUGCUCGAUCAAGGUCGAAGAUAUUACGACUAACUAGUAAACGUAUCACUUUGGAAGAAGUACGCGAAAAACUGGAAAGAAAUGCCACCGGAAAGACCUGA